AGUCCACCGGGAGUAGGCGACGAGCUGCCGGCUCGGGAACGCGUCUCUUUGUGAUCGUGGCAUGUCGAGCUACUUGGACGUAUGAUGUGUGCGCUCCGUGUUGCAGUUACUGUGUCGCUUUGCUACUGCUUUGUGAAACGUGAGAGAGGCCACUGGUCAUGCCAUUUAAGUGCUGUGUGCGAAGGUGCCGGGCAAACUAUCCCAUCGAGUCGCAGCUACCCGUGUUCUCGUUCUCGGAGGAAGAAAGCCGCCGCCAUAAGUUGUGAUGAGCUCUGCGGAGAACUUGGACUCACGUCGUCAUCGUCUUCGUCGUGCGGGUCGAUAACAACCGACGGUAAAAGGAGGCUGCACGGAGCCUAUGAGCCGCGUGUCGAGGACGCCUUCCAGCGACGACGUCACAAAAGGCGAGUCCCUCUCCUCAGCUACUGCGGACUUCUGGUGUCACCAAGCCCACUUCUGCCAGGUGGCGCUGCAGGUGAGCACUGUUGCCCAGCACUAUUUUACGCUAGCCGUGCAUCUACCGACUUCCACGUGCAAGGGCGCCUUCGGAUGGCGCUGCGGUCUGUGCUGGACCUGGCUCGCCACUGGAGGCGUUCGGUGCAGCAGCCCCAGUCUCCGGCGCCAGCGCAGGCUGUGCUCGUCAAGCCCUCGCCCUUCGACAUUUCAUCCGAGGCGGCGGACGUCAACGAGGUGGAGACGACCUCCGUGUCAUCAUCGCUGCCACCGAGGAGUCCGGACACAUCUACCGCAAGCGAGGCCACGAAGCCCACAAAGAAAGCGAAUCACGGUGGCGCCGCGACGCGGCUGCACGUGCGCCGCCCGCUGGUGAACAUGACCAAGGACUCCGGCGACAGCGUGCGGCUCAAGUGCGAGGUGGCCGGCGGCCGGCCCGGAGCCCGGGUCGUGUUCCGCUGGUACAAGAACGACGCGCCCGUCGAGGAGGAGCGGAACCGGCUCGAGAUACGACAGUACCCCGUGGCGCCGUCGUCGUCUGCCCCGGGCCAGGCCGCUUCCUCCGCCGACGGCGGCACUUCCGGCGGUGCUGGUGGUUCCGGUUCCGGUCAACAGGCCAACGCGCCGGCCUACGGCUCGCGGCUGAGGAUCGUGAGCGCCGACGUGCACGACACCGGCUACUACCGGUGCGAGGCCAAGAGCGGCGCCGAGGUGGUCGAGACCACGGGCAUCCUCCGGGUGUCGGCGGGUCCCAUCCACCACGCACCGGCGCAGAUACCGCAGUUUCCGCCAGUGUUUCCCCAUUUCCCCGGAUUGGGAGGAAGUCCCGUGGCGAGUCCCGGCAACGAACUGCCCAUCGUGGGACCGCCUCUGGUCACGUCUUCCAGUUCGGGCAGCUGCCAGAUCUACCAGGGGGUGACGUGCGGCCAGUACCUCGGCAACCGCAGCGUCUUCGUCCGACCGCCACCGGCCACGCUAGCCGCCAUGGAAGAGAAGCUGGCCGCCGCGUUCACCGUCAUCGCCACCUCGCAGGACGUAUCGGCCACGUGCCACAAGUACGCCAUCCCGUCUCUGUGCUUCUUCGUGUUCCCGCCGUGCGAGCCGGCGCCGGGCGCGACGCCCGACCGGCCGCCCGAGCCCCGGUCGGUGUGCCGCGACGAGUGCGAGCUCCUGGAGCAGAGCCUGUGCCGCAUGGAGUACUCGAUCGCCAAGCGGCACCCGCUCAUCGGCCAGCAGAACAUCCUGCCCGUGUGCGAGGACCUGCCGCCCGUCGGGUCGCCCGAGGCCCAGUCCUGCCUGCGCCUGGGGGUGCCCCACCGCGAGACCGACGACGUCAACAAAGAGGAAGGCUGCUACGUGCACGGCGGCGAAGACUACCGCGGCGUGGUGGCCGAGACGGUGUCGGGGCUGCCAUGCCAGCCAUGGACGCACCAGAUCCUGUUCUCGCGCAUCGCCGAGUACCCGGAGAUCGUCGGCGGCCACAACUACUGCCGCAACCCGGGCGGCAUGGAGAGCCAGCCCUGGUGCUUCACCUCGGGCGCCGUCGUCAAAAAGGAGAUCUGCAACAUCCCCAAGUGCGUGGACUACCUGUGGCUGUACAUCCUGCUGCCCAGCAUAGCAACUGUGGCCCUGAUUGGCCUUUUGCUGGGCAUAGCAUGCUUUCGGCGCCGUGCAAAGCCGUCACCGCCACCUUCAGCCAAGAGCUUUGCUGGAAAAGCUGCCCUUCGAGGGCCUGCCCAACAGAACCUCGAGUUGGGGCGACUGCUGCCUCGGCCAACAAGGGCUCCAGAGGUAUCAGCUGCACGAAUCCGUUUCCAUGAGGAACUGGGUGAAGGAGCAUUUGGCAAGGUGUACAGAGGAGAGAUGCUACCCGCCAAGCGUGACUGCAGUGCUCCCGUGCCUGUGGCCAUAAAGACACUGAAGGAGAAUGCGGCCAUGAAGACGCAGCAGGACUUCCAGCGGGAAGCCGAGCUGAUGAGCGACCUGCAGCACCGCAACAUUGUCUGCCUGCUGGGUGUGUGCACCAAGGAGGAGCCCCUGUGCAUGCUCUUUGAGUACAUGCCUCACGGAGACCUGCACGAGUUCCUGGUGGCACACUCGCCACGCUGCGAGGGCGCCACUCAGGUGCUCGACCUGGCCGACUUCCUCCACAUCUCCAGACAGGUUGCCGCCGGCAUGGAGUACCUGUCGGCGCACCACUACGUGCACCGCGACUUGGCAGCACGCAACUGCCUCGUCGGCGAGGCGCUCACGGUCAAGAUCUCCGACUUCGGCCUGUCACGCGACGUCUACUCGUCCGACUAUUACCGCGUCCAGUCCAAGUCGCUGCUGCCAGUGCGCUGGAUGCCGCCGGAGUCCAUCCUGUACGGCCGCUUCACCACCGAGAGCGACGUGUGGUCCUUCGGCGUCGUGCUCUGGGAGGUGUUCAGCUACGGCCUCCAGCCGUACUACGGCUACGCCAACCAGGAAGUCAUCGACCUGGUGCGUGCGCGCCAGCUGCUGCCCUGCCCCGAGGACUGCCCGCCGCACCUGUAUGCGCUCAUGGUCGAGUGCUGGCACGAGGUGCCCAGCCGGCGGCCGCAGUUCCGCGAGCUGCACGCGCGCCUCUGCUCGUGGCAGGCUCUGCACGCACGCAGCGCCAGCCUCAGCACUCACGGCAGCAACCACACGGGCUCCACGUCGGUCAGCCACAAGGGCGGUGGCAGCCCGCUCCUGGGCGGACCACCCGGAGGCACCAUUUUGGUGGACAGGCCCGCCACGCCGCUCGGAGGAGGAGGAGGGAUGACCCGGGGCCCACCCUGCCCGCUCCAGAACCCGCCGCCCCCGCCGCCGCUGUCACACUUUGGGCCGCCGUACAACGCGCUCGACACCAGGGUGUCCAAGGUCUGACAGAUCCCCCGCAGCUGCUACUUUGUGUGAGCUGCGUAGAUCUGUCUCUCCCUCCCAGAAGGCAUUGCUGAGAGUGUCUUGCCUCAGGGAAGUUUCAAUGCUGCGUUACCCACCAAUGGGCUCGCCACGUCGAAACGGACUGGAGAAAAUCCACCGCGGCCAAAGCCGCGGGAGUCGGUGCUCGUGCGCGGCUGCUACUUCUUGUGAGCUUAACGUACCCUUUCCCAGUUGGGUGCCUGCCGUGUGCACCCCCCACGGAGACCUCGUAGCAACCUCACGACGGCAGAGCGCCGAGUAAAACUUUGGCGUCUGAAACGUCGACAACUUGAGAACUGCUCGUGCCUGGCAGCUGAGUCAAGUGCCGGUCCCUUGAACAAACGGUUGCGGAAGGUUCCCUCAGGAUGUCGCCGACAACAGAGCGAACCGCGACUGUCUCGGCGACAGCAGUGUGGCGUGGCCUUGUGACUCGUGUGCCGCAUUGAGUGCUUUGACAACUGGUCGACCACCGACAAACGAACUUCAGCAGUGGACAAAGCACCCCGAGCUUCGGCAACGACGCCUCGGAGAGCACAUGAAUGUGGCCAAAGUCAGCUAACACUGCCACAGCAAAAGACACUUUGCGCGGAGGAGCGUGUGUAUGCUCUCAAACAGCGAAAAAGUAUGCUAUACGAGAUAGAACAAAGAAUCACAGAAAUGCUUCUCUACCAUUUAUAAAUUGCACACAGUACCGUGGAUAUCACGAAAGUGUCAGAAGAAUACUCAUCUAAAUGAAACACUUUUGUGUUCAUUUGUCUUAGCAUGGGUAACGUGUCUUCAAGAAAUGAGUCCUUCACAAUUUUUUUACUGUCACAACUCGAUGCUGACGCACGUAUGUAUAUCUGCAAUAAGAGACGUGUUCCUAAGCUUGUUUUGAUAAGGCAGCAAAUAUUUUGCCAUCACUGUCACAAUUCUUUUCUUUCUUGCAUUGAACGCAUCCAGCUUCAGUUGGCCUUGAAUGUGUCGCCGGUGUUCUUUGAGCAAUCAGUGUGUCAGUAUUAUAGAAACAGCCGGGUGCUAUUUACAGUCAGUACUAAUGCCGUACUUCCAAGCAUUGAUAGAUGUGCGAAAGAUGCCGCUUCCCGGUGUGUCUCAUUUGCCAGCUUCUGCAGUGCUAACAGUGCCCGACAUACAGCACAGCACAGUAAUAGUCACAGGUGGACUGCAAUGAAAUUUAACAUUGGCUAGACUGGUAAAAAAAUGUGUAUUAUAUAUAUAUAUAUAUAUAUAUAUAUAUAUGUGCUGCUGAAGCAAUCUUAGCAAAGUUGCAGGGCUGGUACAAUUCUAAUUUUCUCAUUAGCAGCCUUUAAAUAGCAGCCAAGUAAACGAUGCUUUCGGCUGGUGUUUAGAGGAUGUGAAAGUCCUAGCACUUUGCCUCAGAUAUUUUUUGCUGCACCAUGGGCAGCCACGGGCAGCACCUAAUUUCAGAGGUCAUGCCAAGAAGUCGCAUGUUCCGAGCAGUGCAUGACUUAAUUCCAGCAAGCGGUAACGGUGUCGCUUUUUUUCUGUUUCAGUGUCAAAAGCAACUUUCGUGAGCCUUUCAGAAAGCAUCCACUCGUAUUUAAAACGUAAAGUUUUGCACAGAAUCUGCUCUGUAUCAACAUACUAAUCUGAAACUAGGCUUUUUUACGCAGCCCAAAAUUUUGUUGCAGUUGACCUUAAAGGGGAACCAUCUCAUCAUAGACAUUAGAUGUACUGUUUCCACGAGAAUGUUCACUUACAUCAUGGCAUGUGAUGGCUUGCGCAGUUUUUCUCGUCUGGCAAAGCUUAAGAAGAAACCUUCGUUAAACUUAAGCCUACAUGCAUGCAAUGCAGACUGAAAUGAUCACACUUUUUUACCUCUUUGGGAACCCAGCUCCCAAGAAACUUCCAGUCUCGCCUGUGGUAAACGCAUCCACUAAAUUUUGCAGGUGCGAAAGGUGCUGUGCGAUAUGUCAUUCCAAUGGCGGCCAUAUUUAUGAAAAUACAUUUCAUUCUUUGUUCUUGUGGUUGAAAGUAGCGUGAAAAAAACAAAUUGCAAGAAAGGCACUAAAAACCGCUCACCUGGACUGAUUCAGCGACAUGAGAUAAAUAUGAAGAAUACACGAAAAGCACACUACGUGCACGAAUUAAGCUAUCAUAUCAGCGGUUGUCAAAAGUGCAUGUCAACGAAAACUAUCUUCACCAGUUUAUAGACAGAUUGCCAAUAUUCCAGCUCCUUUAUAUUAAUAAUUGCUUCCAGUAUGUAUGAUUCGUACUUUUGCCAAAAAUUUGAAUCUAGCCAAGUGGGGGCUUACAGCUGUCCCUUCAUUCCUUUAUUUUCUUUUUGCCUUUAGUCACUGGGCUUAGAGGCCACUGCACCACCAUUAUCGCCAAAGAGUGGCCACUUGGCGUGAGGGAUAGGAAUUGAACAAUGAAAAAGGCACCACCAGCUUCUGGCUAUGUGUAUUUUAACAGAAGCCAGUUACGAUAGAGAGAUGCACGGGAAGGCCUGAACAGCUAACUUCUGCCCCACAAAACUCUCCAUCGCAUAGAUUCUCUACUGGAAUAAGGCAAAAUUUGCGUAUGCCCACAGUCAUACUCUGCACUGCGCUGUAGUUAAAGCUCACUGAGAAGAGUCAAGGCAAUGCAGGAGCCUUACCUGUCGCAUUGCAGUCACCAUCACGGCAUCAGCAAAACCCAACUUUAAUCUCACAUUUGAGCACAACCACAUCUACUGAUCCACUUCAAGGUGUUCCUCAAUCGCGACUCAAAGUUUUUGAGCUAGGCCACUUGUAUACUCACAUUUCAUUGCGAGCCUGAACACACCCCAACAAUGCCAGUCAUCGCUGCGAGAACCGUGACAUGCCAUUUACAUAAAUUUACACGAACUGAUUUUACAGUGACUUUUUACUGCCUUUUCUUUACACAUAGUUUACAAAGCGUGUCUGCAGCCCAUUUGUAGAGAAAUGUGUUAUUGCUACUUUAAGCUC